UUUCACAGAAACAAUUCAAUUGCAAUUCUUGCAAAGUUAUGGCGGAGAUAUAUUCGUCUGAUAUUUUACGCAUUGUAAUAGCAGAAAUAGCCCAAACUAUUGGGUACAGCAAUACUCAAAAUGCUUCUUUGGAGUUAUUAGAAGAUAUAUUAUUACGGUUUGUGAAGGAACUGUCUCGUGAUCUACACAGUCAAGUUGAACAUGCAAAUCGUAUUGAACCAAGUAUUAAGGAUGUUCAGCUGUGCUUUGGCAAUCUUGCAAUCGACAUUCACGAAUUACUCGAUUAUGUGGGAAAUGUUGAGCCAGUGCCAUUCGUUAGAGAAGUCCCCGAAUAUCCAGUAAAGAGAAACUCAAAUAUGAAUUUUCUUAAACCUGGUAGCGCAGAGACUCUGACACGACCAGUUCACAUAUUUGAAUAUCUUCCUGCCGUGCUGCCCUCUUCGGGACGAAUUUCAGCAUCCUCUUCCGCAUGCCAUAAUCCGUCUGAAAUCGAUCAUUUAUCCCUCAAUUAUCAGCAAAAAUGUGCAGAUAAUUUGUUAUCAGCGGAAGGAGAGCAAGGCGCUCCAAACAUGCAUAAUUGGUGCAGGCAAAUGGAAUCAUCCAUAUCAUUAAAACAACCAACCGUAGAUAACACUGAUAGCAUUGAUGGUCAUGCAGUGCGGACAAUCAACAGCGUUGUAAUGACAACUGGAGGUUUUAUUUCACCGGCCAUUGAAGGAAAGAUGCCAGAAGCCUUUAUUCCUCCUAUUAUUGAAAAAUUAAAAGGCUUAGACGCUCCGCCUAUUUUGCCGCCCCUUGUUAUUCUGGAUACUAAAAAUUCUAUUACAUUAGAAAUUGGGCUUAACGAAAAGAAUCAAGCAGCAAAAGACAAUGCUGUUGUGGAACACAAACCCCUAACUGAAGACAUAUUUCUUUUACAUGAAAUUUCGACAGUUAAAAAAACUGAAAGCAAAAAUCUGGAUGAAGAAGCUAUUGGUUCAGUACAAGGCAAUCAAUCCAAACCCACAAAGAGCCAAAAGAAACAUUUAUUUGGUGCGGAAUUAAAUAAUAGUAAAGCACAAGAAAAAGCCCAUCGUAAAGCAUUAAAAAUAUAUCAAAGAUUAUCGAAAUCUCAGGUUGAAGAUGAGGCUGGACUUAAAAAAUCUUUGAAGCAUUUAAAUCGCGCAGGGAUGUUGUCGACAUUAUCAUCAGACACCAGGACAACGGCAGCGGACCGAACUUAUGUAGAAAAAAUCUUAAAGAAGCAAACAAAGCGACAUAAACAACUAAAAAGCCAGAAACAACAGCAACAUAUACAAUUUAUGUCUAAGCAGCUCUCAUUAGCAACUACUGAUGAAUUUUCCAAUGCCAGACUCAAUCAUCCAGUGGUGAUGGCAGCUUCUAUGCCUUCUCAAUCCAUACCAAUGCUAUCCAUUGAAUCAUCAACGGUUGGGAAUAUGUUUGGCAGUUCGACUGUGGAACCAUUAAGCGCCGAUAUAUUGUCAUCAGAUGUUGGUCAAAGUCAACAGAUGCACUCACCGAAUGAUUUACUCUCCGAUGAUGUCAAACUUGGCAACGAACCAGACCGCAAUAAAUUAAAUAUUUUUAAAAAAUUAUCAAAGUCAAAGCCAACGAAGUCUCUCUCACCAAGUGCAUUACACACAAUGGCAUCGCAUUUAUUAAGUGAUACAGGCAAUGGCUCAUCAACCAUAAAUUUGCCGUCUGGAACAACUAUAACCCCAGAACCGGCUUUGAAUUUCACCGAAAAUUAUGUGACAUCAAAUUUAACAUCAACAACACUGAAGGAGCAAACAAUUACAACUCAAUCUGUGUUGACAUCUAGUCUAACUGAACUUACUAUACCUAAAAAACGUGGACGUAAGCCAGGUGUAAAGAAUAUUUCUGCACGGUCAAAAAUUCCCAAUGAGCAUGUUUUAGCCAAAAAAAUCAGGUCUAGCAAAUUGAAUGCUACUACCACAGUAUCAUAUCCACCAGAGAAUUCAUCCAUAAACACAGCUCAUCUAUCAAUACAAACGGAAACGACAAAUUCGAUUCCAUCACAACACCCUGAAAAAUUAUCAAAUAUAUUGCCACACAAUUUAGAUAAACUAAUUGGCGAAGAAGAUCGGGAACAAUCAAUUACCUUUUUACCUAUUAGCAAUGAGACUGCUAAAAAUAUGAAAUUAAAAAAAAUUAAAGAAAAGCAAGAGAAAAAAAAGCGAAAGACCAAAUAUAAUCAUCUAGUACCUAGUGAAAAUUCAAUUCAAAAUAAUGGUGAACUUGAAGGAAAUAAGAAGUUUCCUUUUAUGGAUGUUGAUAUAAAAAACACACAAACACUUUCGAUUACUAAGGAGUCUGUUGAAUUUCAUCAAAUUCCAUCAUCAAAGUCACCUACAAAUGCGAAUGCAAUUAAACAUUUCUCAUCGAAUUUGUUGUCACCAGCAAGUAGUGUUCAUGGCUAUAUGACCGGUAUAGGCACGUUGCCUAUUCUAUCUUUUCCACCUCGGCCGGGUCUUAUACCUUCCGGAAUCUUUUCACCCACAAGUCUCGCAAAUUUGAACAAAAAUAACAAAAUAUCGCAUUCAUUCAUGACCUUACCGGACACAAUAAGCAGGUCAUCAUCAGCAAUUGGAUACGGAUCGUCAUUACAUGAAACAACGUCAGAAAAAAAAUCAACCGAAAUAUCCAUGCUUCCGCUGAGUGAUUCGCAUACGGAGCGCAGCUAUUGCAAUGUGGCUCCUUUAGUGCCAGAAUCAAUGAAAAUGACAGUUUUAUCUACUGAUGGACAUAAACUCAAAUCGGCGAAUGCUUCAAUAGAGGGGGAAGGUAUGGAAAUCAAAUCUGGAAAAAACGUCCAGGGUUUAUCAAAAAGUGCGCACUUUAAUCAACGCCUUGGAAUUCGAUCAAAGGGCCAGCAUGAUAAGCUAUUGAUUAACAAAUUGGAGAAAUCGAAAACAACAAAAGUUGGCACUGGCAAACUUGGAGAUCCUAUAGAAGUUUCCGAUGAUUCAAAUGAUAAUGAUGAAUCCAAUAUCCAACAAAAAACGGACAAAAUCAAUAGUGAUGGAUUCUUACACAGUUCAAAAAAAUUUGAUAUCCCACAUCCACACUCAGUAAUCUCAAACCCCUCUUCUAUUGCCGCCGACUUUAACCAAUUUAAAAAAUUGGCCACAAUUAAAGUAAAUCCACUUGAAUGUUCGAGUCCAUUGUCUGUCAUACCGCCAUCCUCAUCAUCAGCUUUCAAUAUUAAUUUUAUGGGCAAUGACAAGUUUAGCUUGGCCGGCGGUGCAGAUCUGAUACCAUUAUCAUGUGUCGAUAGCGGCUUGGCAUACUCUUCAAGAACUGUACCAGUUACUAGUCUAACGGCAGGUGCUACAUCUGAGUCAUCCAUACAAACUCAUGGUCUGUCUUCUGAACAUAGCUUUGUAUGUAAUAUGGUUAAUUCCAUUAAUUAUGAUGAUAUAACGAUAACUCCAACAAACAAUUUAAACAACAGUUUAAGUGAUUUGAAGCUCCACAAACUGCACAAGAAACCAAAGAAAACGAAGGAGGGUAAGAGCAAAAAAAAGAAAGACAAAAAGGAUAAAACUAAGAGUAAAGAUAAAGGUGAUGACAAGAGUAUGUCAAUGGUUGAGAAACCUAAAAGUGUGGAUAAGAAACAAAAAAAGGACAAGAAAAAAGAUAAAUUGCAGGUCCAAACGAAUGUUUUUAUGCAACUAUCGAAGGAUAAUCUAGACUGCAGUAACAAAGAAACUCCGUUAAAUUCUGGUCUUUUUGUCGGAUCCGUUGAAGUCGCCGAUUCAGGGACAAUUCCCCAAACAACCAUCCAAGAAGUAGCGACACUAACACAUCAUUUGCCCUUACCCAAGUUAGAUUUGUCACCCAACCAGGUGCCAAAGCUUACACUUAAGCUAGGUGGAAAAUCAAAUCCAACUUCUCCCAAUCAAUUUGAUGACGUUCAGCAAGAUUCACAAAUAUCAAUGAUACCGACGCAUCCAAUUGCUUUGACUCUAAUUCCAACGAAGACUACAAAAAAGGAGCAUUCGCCAGAAUUGGCACGGUUUUCGCCACUUGUCACUGGACCGCCGAAACCCAAGCAAUGUGAAACACAAGCUGUAGUUUCGACUACGGCGCCUCCGCCUCCGCCUGUGUCUGGUUUUCUUUCAUCGGAUGUUAUGCUGGAAAAUACAAAUAUGAUAUCAAAUGAUCCGGCUCCAAGCAACUGGUUGAUAACAGCAGCAGAUACGACCGCUUCUCCAAACUGUUCGGCAACACUAUCAGCAAGUUCUGUCUUAUUGCCUCAGCAAUUGCUGCAAGCUGUACCAAAAACGACAUCAUUCCCCCCUCCCUUUAGUCAGAAAGCAGUUUCGUCAUCUAUAAAGAAUAUCGAAGAAGAACCAUCUGCAUCUGUGUCUUCGCAAAGUGUUGAAUCCAAUAGACCUUCCUCUUAUGUUGACGCAGAGGGCUAUCGCAUUUGGAUUUGCCCAGCAUGUGGCAAAGUCGACGACGGGUCCGCAAUGAUUGGUUGUGAUGGAUGUGAUGCUUGGUAUCAUUGGAUUUGUGUAGGCAUAUUUGUGGCACCGAACGAUAAUGAGGAUUGGUUUUGUCGCGUCUGCAUCACUAAAAAAAAGGGCCAAGGAUCGGAAAAGAAGAAAAGGCGUAACAAAAAAAAAUAAAAUCUAUAUUAAUUGAAUAUAAUACUUAUGUUUUAUAUUAAA